AUGCCCAAGAAACACACAUUGUCAAAUAAGGUGAGGAAGAGAAAGUCCAAAGACUUGGAUCAGAUUCAUGAAGAUUUGAAGCCAGAGAAGGCCAUAAAGUUGAUGAAUCAGGAAGUUGACUUUGAUGUAGCUGGAGAUGCACAACAUUACUGUAUCGAGUGUAAUCGUUAUUUUAUAGACGACAUUACACUUGGCAAACAUAAGAAGACUAAAGGUCAGUUAAAAAUAAGGUGAACUUUAACGUUUGUUUUGUUUUCUCAAUUAUUUAUGUAAUUCUUUUUUAAUAUUAUUAUAGUAAGGUUAUUCUUAACUGCAUUAAGAAAAGUAAUUCCAUUUUCAGUGCAUAAAAACCAAGUAAAGCGACUAAAAGACGAACCUUACACUCAAAAGGAAGCUGAUGCUGCUGGCGGUUUGGGAUCAUAA